AAUUUCUUCUUUUUAACCCCCCAACCAACUUGCAGCUACAACCGCCUUUUCUCUUUCCCACCCACUAUCCUAAUUUCGAUUACCCAAUAAUUUAUUUCCACAUUCCUUCCUAUCUAUUUCAGCUAGCUCUUGCUUGUUUUUCCUUUUCGGAUUCUUCUUGUAAUCGUCGGCCGUCUUGAGGGACGCUGGUGACAGGUGUUCUUUGAUGGUUUCGCUGCCAUGGUCACUGUUCAUACUUUCAUCACUACUUGGGUCACUGACCUUCUCAAUUACAUGUGAGCAGUGGUUGUUUUGGAUGCUGCACUAAACCCACACCGAUUAUUGCUGUGGAUGAACCAUCAAAAGGGUUGAGAAUUCAAGGCCGUGUGGUUAGGAAGCCUAACAUUUCUGAUGAUUUUUGGAGCAGCACUACGUAUGAAUUCGAAAACACUGCUCUCCAAUCAAAGGAGCUUGUCGUCGAUCAGUGCAUCAAACCAAACUCUAAGUCAAUACAGUAGCAGCGGCGGCAUGAUCAACUCAUCUGAUUUUGUAAAUCAGGGUCUUAUCAUCUGGAAUCAGUCUAGACUCCAAUGGAUUGGAAGUCGUAGGCCUAGGAAUCAUCCUCAACGAAUUCGAGAGCCUGGAUUAAGUUUGAAUGCUUAUGAAAGUUUACUUGGGACCGGGAAUCCAUUCCCUCGGCCAAUUCUUCUUUCCGAAAUGAUUGGUUUUUUGGUACAAGUAUGGGAGCAGUAGGGAUUGUAUGACUGAAGUUAGCAUGAGAGAAGGAAAAACGAUUUUAGUUUUUUUACUUAUUAGAACUGUCCAACUUUGUAAUUUUGAACAUUUAGGGAAGAUGUACAUAGCUGUGGGGAAAGGAAUAAACAAAAUGGUAGUUUCUGUUUCAUUUGUAUAAUUUCACAGUCCAUAAUUACAUUUUAAAGUAAACACAGA